CACCGACCGCUACAACGCCAACUGAGACCUCGGAAACUUCCGCAAGUGAUUCACCAACUACACCCACGGCUACAACGCCAACUGAGACUUCGGAAACUUCCACAAGUGAUUCACCAACUACACCGACCGUUGUAACGUCAACUGAGACGGCUGAGACUUCACCAACGGAUUCACCAACCACCUCGUACACUGAGAUAUCGACUAAGGAAUCUGUUGCAACCACCUUGAGUCCGGCGACAGUGACGACGUCAGUCACUACACCGUCCCCAUUCACCUGUGUGACAGAAGGCACUUUCCCACAUGCCAAUUGUAAUAUGUAUUAUAGAUGCAUACUCAUUAUGGGCCAAAUGGUCAAAUACGAAAUGACCUGCCCAGCAAAUAGUUACUACAACCAAGUAUCUAGAUUGUGUGCUCUUGGAACUUGUCAAACAACCACCCCGACAACCAUUUCCCCCACCACGGUAAUAACCACCAUCAUAGUGACCACUGACGAAACCACAACUGCCGAAGUAACUAGCACACCUGCAACGACUUUACCUCCCUCAGGCACUACCGCUGAACCAGAAGUGCCUAGCUGUACUGAGCCCGGAGUAUUCCCAUACCCAGAUGAUUGUACCCGUUAUUUCAGGUGCGUUGAGUUUACCGGAGGCUGGUAUAUUUACAUAUAUUCAUGCCCAGUAGGCAGCUAUUUCGACGGUACGAUUCCCGGGUGUGUCAUUGGAACAUGCCCCGCUACACUUCCAUCAACCACAUUUCGUCCUACAACUACUGAAAUUGCGACCAUCCCUGACACAACGCUAACCUCAACCACCCAACCUGUAUCUACUACCAUACCUCCUUUCCAAUGCGAAUUUGAAGGUACUUUUCCGGAUCCUACAAGCUGCACAAGAUAUAAUCGUUGCAUAAUAAUCGCCGGUGUCAUGCGCGUGUAUACAUAUACUUGCCCUUCUGGGUCGCAUUAUGACUCCAUCAAGAAAUUAUGUGUGCUAGGAGAUUGUCCAGUCACGUUCCCUCCAACGACAGUGCUUACGACAACCACUGAAGUUGCGACAAUACCCGACACCACACCAACCACGAUAGCCCCUUUCCAAUGCGGUGUCAUCGAAGGUACUUUUCCAGAACCGACGGACUGCACAAAGUAUAAUCGUUGCAUACUAAUCGCUGGUAUCAUGCGCGUAUAUCAAUACACUUGUCCUUCUGGGGCGUACUUUGAUCCAGUCAAGAAAUUAUGUGUCAUAGGAAAUUGUCCAUCCACACUCCCUGCAACGACAGCACUUACAACAACUACUGAAACUGCGACCAAACCCACAACAUCAAUCACGCUAGCGGAGCCAACCACAGCAGCCCCCUUCCAGUGCGGCGUCAGCGAGGGUACUUUCCCCGAACCUACCGACUGUACCAAGUAUAACCGAUGUAUACUAAUCGCUGGAGUUAUGCGCACAUAUCAAUACACCUGCCCUUCUGGAUCUCAUUUCGAUCCGGUGAAGAACUUAUGUGUGGAAGGAAAUUGUCCAGCUACAACUCCUUCAACGCCGGUGCUGUCGACUACUACUGUACCCACGACAUCAAUUUCCCCUACAACCACAGCUGCACCAACGACAGUAGCUCCUUUCCAGUGCGGCGUCACCCAGGGUACCUUUCCCGAACCCACAAACUGCGUAAAAUACAACCGUUGUAUACUAAUCGCUGGGGUCAUGCGCGUAUAUCAAUACACCUGCCCCUCUGGAUCUUAUUUCGAUCAGACCAAGAAUUUAUGUGUCAUAGGUACUUGUCCAUCUACACCUUCUCCAACGACAGUGCUUCCGACAACUACGACAUUAGCAACGACAUCAACCACCCCAGCGAUGCCAACCACGGUAGCCCCCUUCCAGUGCGGCGACACUGAGGGUACCUUUCCUGAACCUACGGACUGCACAAAAUAUAAUCGAUGCAUACUAAUCGCUGGAGCAUUACGGUUAUAUCAAUAUACUUGCCCAUCUGCAUCAUAUUUUGAUCCAGUCAAGAAUUUGUGUGUUUUAGGAAAUUGUUAAUCGAGGUGACUUACACUUUCUAUCGCAAUGAUUAGCACCCUGGAAAUAUAUCCUAGUAUCAUGCUAACUAUAUACUUCCUCAAUCUUCAAAAUUAUUGAUCUUGCACUUAUUAAUUAGUUAACCAUAUUGGGACAUUUUGUUAUUUACUAAAUGAUGAACAUGUACAGACUUAAUUUAAUUUUUUUGUAAUAAAUGAAAUAUUUACUGUAUUUCUGGACAUUUGAUUGAAUGAGUUUAAUAAAUAUGUAAGUUGAUUAUAACUA